AUGUCUUUGAAUGCGAACGCAAAGGAAUGGCGCCCGGCUGGUGAGCUUGCAUCGUUCCUGCUUCCGGCUUCCACGAGUGAAAGAGAGUGCAACACUGUUGUAGGGAAUGGCGUGGCCGCCGAUGUCUCCGCCGACAAGAAUGAUGCCGCCGUGCCAUCGUUGUCGCAAGAAGAGGAGCAACAAAAAGAACAGAAACAAUCUCUUGACGCCGUCAUGGCGUCCCCGUCAUACUACCCUUCUUUCACGCGUGCGGGGUUGUGUGCGGCGGCGGCGGUGGCUGGUGGCGCUGCGGUAGAGCUGGAGGGGGUGAACUGGGCGGAGGAAUUUGAGCGUGUCAUGGCUCUCACGAAGGAGUUGAUUGAGCGUCAGAUGAACGGUGAGAGGGAUGCCUCCAGUAAGUUGGACGGAGGCCACACGAAGCCGGGCCACAACGUCAGCGCUGAGCAGAACUCACCACAAAAACCACAAGGUGCAGUGAAAGCCAUGGACCCCAGCCGGUACCCGGCACUGCCGGGCACGGACGAGGUGAGGCCACUAGUGAGCGGCAAGUGGGUAAACGCACCGGCGGCUCUGCUUUCCAAGUCGAGUGCUAGUGUCAGUGGCGAGGCGCAUGCUCGCACAGCACCCGCAGCCGCAGCCGCAGCCAUAGCUUCCUCCACCCACCCCUCCCCCGCAGCGGGUGUAACGGAGCUGGACGAGAACGGUAGACCACUUCCCCCGCUCACCUCGAAGGGCAACCGGAGGUGGAAGAAACCCACGAAGGCACAACAAAAACGUGAGAUGGCUCAAAAGAAUGCCUUUGAGGCCUUUGCAAAUGCUCUGUUGCACAGUGUCUCCCCGUUUAUGGCGCCGCUACGAGAGCGAUGCAAAACAUCUCUUCCACACAUUAAGGUUGACCAGCGGUUUGGGAAAAGUGGGCAGCCACAGACGGCCGUGGCACAAUUUGUCGUAGCCCCACUGAUCACGAACUACCGACCGCGGCAUUUCCAUGACCUUACCCCUGGCGACCUGAUGGAGUUCCAUUACGACUUUGCUCAGGUAUUGAAGCAACUUAAAUCCGCAAAUGCCAUUCUUUUUGGGUAUGGUCCGGUAUGGAAACGUUAUGCGGUGCCUUACUGCUAUGUGAACUGCAAGGAAUACCGGCAGGAGGUGUUAAACCUGUGCCCAGACGAGGUUCCCAACAUGCGUGUGGAGGCCAUAUAUGAAGAUGAUAUACUGAAGGACAUCACAAACGUAGUGCUUGCUGUGGAGGAGCUGGAACCAUUGCACAAUAUGUCAAUUAUUCAGGCAAUGAGCCGUCGUGUUAACUUAGCCCCUCUUUUUGACGCAUUUGACACCAUAUUUAAACCAAUCGAAAAUUACCGCAUUGUCAUACGCGAUUUACACCGCGCUCCAUCUACAUAUCUGAUUCAGACUUCUAAUCACGAGAUCCAACAAAAGCCAUCUCCCCUCGUGCUAUACAACGACCCCAAUCUGUGGUACGAGCUUCCCGUCGUCAGCCGCAUAAAAGUGGAGGAAAAAACAACAGGGGAUGCCCUGGAGCACCAUGCAGUGGGGUCAGCGACGACUUCUGCCUCCACCAAAAAUGCAAAGGGGAAAUCCAAUGUCGUCCCGAACACCAGGAAUGGUCACUUUAUUUCAGCCGAGUGCGGCCCUCGAAGUAAGCGCAGCAACCCGGGUGAAAUCUCCUCGUUGGCUCUGGUGGCACCAGUGGUGGGGAGCGUUCUUUGCGUGUUCAUGACGGCCUUUAUUUUGUGGCGGCGAAAGUCCAGUCGUUAG